AAAAAAAUAAAUCAGUUUUUUUCACUUCCCGCUUUACUGAACUCUGAAACUGACACAUUCUUCGUCUUAACGCCACAAACACCAUUUGUGCUUCCAAUGCUUCUUGCCAUUGGAGUGCCCAAGUUGAAAUUGUAUACGACGCCGUUUACAAUUCGCAUUCGCAUUCCAAACUCCAUAACCUUUCCAUUCACCACCGCCACCAAUGAUUCUACUUCAACUUCAUCGAUCUUCGCAAAUUCUUCCAACACCAAAUCACACAAGUCUCUUCUCUUUCACCACUUAAAAAAUCGAACUUUAGACGAAGCUCGUGCCAUCUUCGAUCAGAUCCCUUCCCCCCACGUUUCCCUCUACACCAUAAUGCUCCAUGCUUACGCACACAACCACAGACUCCGCGAAGCCAUCGACCUCUUUCGACGAAUCCCAUCCAAGGACGUCGUUUCCUGGAACUCCAUCAUCAAGGGCUGUCUCCAUUGCGGGGAUUUCGUCACCGCCCGAAAACUGUUCGACGAAAUGCCCCAACGAACCGCUGUGUCGUGGACUACCCUCUUUGAUGGGUUACUGCGAGUUGGAAUUGUGGACGAGGCUGAAGCCUUGUUCUGGGGAAUGGACCCUGCGGAUAGGGAUGUGGCUGCGUGGAAUGCGAUGAUUCAUGGGUAUUGUAGCAAUGGUAGAGUUCAUGAUGCUUUGCGGUUGUUCCGCCGAAUGCCGUUCAGGGAUGUGAUUUCUUGGAGCUCUAUGAUUGCUGGGCUUGAUCACAAUGGGGAGAGUGAGCAAGCAUUGGUUUUUUUCCGUGACAUGGUGGCUUCUGGUGUGUGUUUAUCUUCUGUUGGUUUGGUUUGUGGGUUGUCUGCUGCUGCUAAGAUAUCGGCUUUGCGUGUGGGGAUUCAGAUUCAUUGCUCUGUGUUCAAGCUGGGUUAUUGGUGUUUUGAUGAAUUUGUAUCUGCUUCGCUCGUCACGUUUUAUGGAAGUUGCAAACAGAUGGAAGCUGCGUGCAGGGUUUUUGGUGAGGCAGUUUGUAAGAAUGUGGUGGUAUGGACGGCUCUUGUGACGGGGUAUGGUUUCAAUGAUAAGCAUCGGGAGGCGUUGGAGGUGUUUGGAGAAAUGAUGAGAACUGGCGUAGUUCCAAAUGAAUCUUCCUUCACCAGUGCUUUGAAUUCUUGUUGUGGAUUGGAGGAUCUUGAGAGGGGGAAAGUGAUCCAUGCUGUGGUCGUUAAGAUGGGUUUAAAAAGUGGCGGAUAUGUGGGAGGUUCUCUUGUUGUCAUGUAUAGUAAAUGCGGUUAUAUCUGUGAUGCGGUGUAUGUGUUUAAGGGGAUUAAUGAGAAGAGUGUUGUCUCGUGGAACUCAGUCAUUGUUGGUUGUGCACAACAUGGAUGUGGCAUGUGGGCUCUAGCACUCUUUAACCAAAUGCUGCGUGAAAGGGUUGAUCCAGAUGGAAUCACGUUAACUGGUUUGCUUUCUGCUUGUAGUCGUUCUGGGAUGUUACAAAAAGCAAGGUGCUUCUUCAGAUACUUUGGUCAGAAAAGAUCAGUUACACUUACAAUUGAGCACUAUGCAAGUAUGGUGGAUGUACUUGGCCGGUGUGGAGAGCUUGAGGAAGCAGAGGCACUGGUGAUGAGCAUGCCUAUGAAAGCAAAUUCAAUGGCAUGGCUGGCUUUACUGAGUGCCUGCAGGAAACACUCGAAUUUGGAUGUAGCUGAAAGAGCUGCAAAUCAGAUAUUUGAAAUGGAGCCUGAUUGUAGUGCUGCAUAUGUAUUGCUAUCAAACUUGUAUGCAUCUUCAAGAAGAUGGGCUGAAGUAGCUUGGAUACGGAGAAAAAUGAAACAUAAUGGAGUUGUGAAAAAACCAGGAUCCAGUUGGCUAACCUUAAAAGGACGAAAGCAUGAAUUUCUCUCUGCAGAUAGGUCACAUCAUCUUACUGAGAAAAUUUAUCAAAAGCUGGACUGGUUAGGAGUGAAGUUAAAAGAAUUAGGUUUUGUUCCUGAUCAACAAUUUGCUUUGCAUGAUGUUGAAACUGAACAAAAAGAAGAAAUGCUGUCCUACCACAGUGAAAGGCUUGCAAUUGCAUUUGGGUUGCUUAGCACUGUGGAAGGCAGUACAAUAACAGUAAUGAAAAAUCUACGUGUAUGCGGAGAUUGUCAUAAUGCAAUAAAGCUUAUGGCAAAGAUUGUUGACCGUGAGAUUGUAGUACGUGAUUCUAGCCGCUUUCACCACUUUAAGAAUGGCAUAUGUUCUUGUGGGGAUUAUUGGUAGAACAUUGUUUGUUCAUGCAAAAUGUCUAUGAUAAUUUAAUCCACUGGCAAGCAUCAUAAUUCUUAAAAAACUCAGGAAGGAAAAAUACAAUGAAUGGGGGUGACAAUAUUUGUUUGCUCUGAACUGUAGAUCCUUGAUAACAAAGGAGGAAGAGAAAACUUCCUUAUACAUUAUUUGUUGUGAGUAAUCUGUUUAACAAAGAGAUAAGAUUAUUAGUUACAUGAGGAUCAACCAGAGCAUUCCGAGCAAAAGUUGAAGAUCCAAAUGAGAAACACAUAUUAGAGUUAUGGCCAACAAGGACAGGGUCUUGUAACAAAGGCAGAGUUGACAGUGUAAUGAAAGAGGGUGUAGAAGAUUUAGGUGAAGAAAAAUUUGUGUUGGUUGGUGAGGAGGUUUUGAGAUUGUUUGGAAUUUGUGGGAUGUUAUGUGAUUGGGAGGAACACCUAACCCGUUCACAAACACCAGUACCGUGGUCCCUGAAGGAAUUGAUAGCAUUGGAAACAUUGCAAAACCUAUGAGAACGAACGAACCUUCUGCAGGACAUUAAUUUUAUGUAUUUUUUCAAAUAUAAAAUAAAUUAAUCCAAGCAUGCGAUUGGAGAAAGACAAAGGUGUAGUUGCUUGAAGAGGUGGUUUAACGAGCUCCACAUAGAAUAAGGUUUGGCAGUCAAGUAAAAGAAAACUGGAGUGUUCUGCAAACAGAACUUUCACAGCUGCAAUAGAGGUCUGUAGCAACACAAUUAAACCACCCAGCUUCGUACUGCCUGUCCAUGGUACUUAAACAUCCCAAACUUGGACAAAAAUUAUUUCAUUAUCCAUCAUGAGGCAAGCAAAUAUAUGUUUUUCAUACGGUCCAUUUUUACCAAGAGGAAAAAAAAAAAAUGUUUGACACA